AACCCCGGCCGAUAAGGCUGAGAGGGUUUUGGGGUUGGCGAUCUCACGUCGUUGAUUUGGCUCUACUAAUUUGUGGGUCCUUGAAUGCUCACUUUCCUCCAGAAAGACGAAUCGUUCAUUUUCUCUUCACUGGAUUUUUGUUGCUUUGUUUGACAUUUCCUUUUACUCCAACCAUUGUGAUUUUUCUCAGCACACAAAUGAUUCACGGGAAUUGGCUAUCUGUGACUUCGAUUCGUCUGUUCUCUGAGGUGUUUAUGGCCAUUUGAUUCAUAUGAACGGCUAUAUCUGUUGAUCUCUAGCACCUUCAUAUCUGCGAUUGAUAGUGUGUUCCUGUUAAGAUGGCAAAUUGUAUUUCACCUUGUUCUCUGGCUUCUGAUAUCCAAAACCCUAUCAUAAUGUUGACUGGAGGGAGACUUCCAAUGGAGAAUCACCUGGGCCGAUUCAGCUCUCUUAAGAUCCUUGAAAAUAAGCAUAGAUAUUUUGGCAGAGGCCACAAAUUGACAUUACCUUGGGUUGAAUGUUCGUCAAUCUCUCACAGUGUCAGUCCAUAUCACAAUAAAGACCCCUUUCUGGAUCUGCAUCCGGAAGUCUCAAUGCUUAGAGGAGAGGGGAACAGCACAAUAACCACCCAAAGAAAGGAUAGUUCAAGUGGAAAUGUCACUGAGAGCCUUGGUGGCACAUCCAGUUCAAGUAAUUACAAUGAAGCUAGGAUCAAAGUGAUUGGUGUGGGAGGAGGUGGAUCAAAUGCAGUUAAUCGCAUGAUAGAGAGUUCAAUGAAGGGUGUGGAUUUCUGGAUUGUCAACACUGAUGUUCAAGCCAUGAGAAUGUCACCUGUUAUUCCUGAGCAUCGGUUACCAAUUGGUCAAGAGCUAACCAGGGGUCUUGGUGCUGGUGGGAACCCAGAGAUCGGCAUGAAUGCUGCCAAGGAGAGUAAAGAAUCAAUAGAAGAGGCCCUUCAUGGGUCAGACAUGGUCUUUGUCACUGCUGGAAUGGGGGGAGGCACUGGCACUGGUGCGGCUCCUGUGAUUGCGGGGGUUGCAAAGUCAAUGGGCAUACUGACCGUUGGAAUCGCCACAACCCCUUUCUCUUUUGAGGGGCGUAGAAGGGCAGUUCAAGCCCAGGAAGGAAUUGCAGCUUUGAGAGACAACGUUGACACGCUCAUUGUCAUUCCAAAUGACAAAUUAUUGACUGCUGUUUCUCAGUCCACACCUGUAACAGAAGCAUUCAACCUGGUUGAUGAUAUUUUACGACAAGGUGUUCGUGGUAUCUCUGAUAUAAUUACGAUUCCAGGACUGGUAAAUGUGGACUUUGCUGAUGUGAGAGCUAUAAUGGCUAAUGCAGGAUCUUCCCUGAUGGGAAUAGGAACUGCAACUGGGAAGACAAGGGCAAGAGAUGCUGCAUUAAACGCUCUACAGUCACCUUUACUAGAUAUUGGUAUAGAUAGGGCCACGGGAAUUGUGUGGAACAUAACUGGUGGGAGUGAUUUGACGCUGUUCGAGGUGAAUGCCGCAGCAGAGGUUAUAUAUGAUCUUGUGGAUCCAACAGCGAAUUUAAUUUUUGGAGCGGUGAUAGAUCCCUCACUAAGUGGUCAAGUCAGUAUUACUCUAAUUGCCACUGGAUUCAAACGCCAAGAAGAAAAUGAAGGCAGACCUCUUCAGGCAAGCGCGCAGGGAGAUGUCACCCUUGGGAUCAAUAGGAGACCUUCCUCAUUCACUGAAGGUGGUACUGUUGAGAUCCCUGAGUUCCUGAAGAGGAAAGGGCGAUCACGCUUUCCAAGAUCUUGAAGUAGAGUCACCCCAUGCAUUUCCUCCUCACUUGUGUCUCCCUUUGCUGGGAUAUAAGAUGUGCUUCUGUAGGCGUUAAGCCCACAGUCCUUUAGUAAUUCUAUUUGAUAAUAGGAUAUUGGAGUCAUGCUUAGACAAUAUACAGAAUUCCUAGUUGGGAAUUAGAUGUUUUCCUUAACUUGUAUCGGACGCCAUCUUACCUUUCAAGCACUUCUGCAACUGUAAUUUUUUUUUCCCAAAGAUUUGGGGCGCGUUUUGGUUGCUUGUAAGAAUAAACUCAGAAGUCUCUUGUACAGAUUGUUCAGAUGAGAGGACACUUAUAUGAGUGAUUUUGAUGUCUU